AUGGGCCGGGAGCACUGGCUGCGAAGCUUCUGUGAGGAAGAGAGCGAGCACAGGCAACUACUGCACUGGCUGAUCGAGGAAGGGCUAUGCCGGCCCGAGGACUUUCAGGCCCGAGUUGGUCACGCGCACCGCCUGAGAGAGAUGGGCAACAAAUGGUACCGGGCAGAUGACUAUCGUAGAGCCCUGCACUGCAACUUGGGGGCCAUCCAUGCGGUGGAUUUCACGCCGAACGAGCAGGUGAACAUGACGGAUGACCAGAGGCUGGCGGUUGCGAGAGAGCUCUUGCCAGUUCUCAGCAACCUGGCACAAGUCUUCUUGAAAAGAGGCGACUUCGGCAAUGUUGCCAAGGCGGCGCACUUGGGAUUGCGGAAUGUGUGCAAGUUGCCUGGCGAUGAAGCUGAUGUGUUCAAAGCGAAGCUCCGCUACCGGCGAGCUCUGGCGCUUGGAGAGCCAGGCCCUGAGCAGAACCUGCAGGGCGCCUUAGAGGAUCUGCGGGAAGCGGCGCAGCUGAUGCCUACCAGCGCCGAGAUCCGCAGCAGCCUUCGGUACUGCAAAGAACUCUUGCUGAAAGAGCAAAGGAAGAUGGCAGGGCACGCGAAGGGUCAGGAGGACGUUUCUCAAAGCGAGGAUGUGCCUCAAAGCCACGAGUCUCGUGAGCGUGAGCCAGCCCCUGCCAAACUCUCACCUGCCCUGGAGAUCUUUGCCAAGUGCGUCGGGCGCAGCCUUGCGAAGCUGCUUCAAUGCUGGAACUUCUUGCAGAAAGCAAGAGGCGGCAGGACAUGCCUGACCUUGUCGAGAUGUGGCUGCGUCCUGCUUUCGCUGCUCAUGGUCAUGGCCAUCAUGCAGAUGCUGCCGCCCUCAACAUCGGGGCACCGGGUUGAAGUGCUGACCGACCUGUAG